AUGGAUAACCGAUCUCAGCAACAGGGUCAGGGCCAGCAGGUCCCCAGCAGCAGGUUCCUCAGCAGCAGGUUCCUCAACAACAAGUGCCUCAGCAGCAGCAGCAGCAGCAGCAGAGUAUACCCCGGCCUUGUUGGCGGGCUCCUCGGCGGCGUCGGAAACACAGUUGACGGCGUUGUUGGCAAUGCGCCCGUCGUAGGCGGACUUCUCGGCGGCAACAAGCAGGGCGGUGGCGGUGGUCUCCUCGGCGGCGGCGGUCUUCUGUAA